AUGGAGAUCUUCGCUCUCUUUAUUGGCCUGAAUCUGUCUCUUGGGUUGGGUGAGCUGGAUUCAGUUCUUGCCUUGAAUGCUUCUGAGGAUAGUCAGAGACAAAGGGCUGGGCUUGCAGAGGAUAAGAGUGGUGCUGAGGCCAUCUCAUCUAUGAGAUGUAAACACCAAGGUUCUGCUCGUCUGCCUGCUUUCUCAACGGAUGGUGACUAUGUGAUUGGAGGUGUUUUCUCCAUACACACCUACAUGCUCACAGUCAAACAUAACUACACCACCAUGCCUGAGCCACUGAGGUGCACAGGGAGCAUUGAGGCCCGUGAACUGCGCUUCUCACGCGCAAUGAUCUUCGCCAUCGAGGAGAUUAACAACAGCUCGGAGCUGCUGCCAGGCAUCAAACUCGGUUAUCAGAUCCACGACUCGUGCGCUUCAGUGCCGCUGGCGAUGCAUGCGGCGUUACAGCUUUCAAAUGGUUUGGACCCGGUGUUUUACACGGGCGAUAAUUGCUCACAGUCAGGUAUGGUGAUGGCCAUCAUCGUUUAUUUUUUGUCUGACCCGUUAAAGAAUUACAUUUCUGCCUUCCUUCAGGUGAGCUACUUUGCCACUUGUGCAUGUCUGUCCGAUAAGCUGCAGUUCCCGACUUUCUUCAGAACAAUCCCGAGUGAUCAGUUCCAGGCUGACGCGCUGGCCAAGCUGGUGAAACACUUUGGCUGGACUUGGAUAGGUGCUGUCCGCUCGGAUUCGGACUAUGGCAAUAACGGCAUGGCGACUUUCCUGCAAGCAGCCCAGAAGGAGGGGAUCUGUGUGGAAUACUCUGAAUCUUUCCAUCGAUCCCACCCACGCAGCAGGAUCCAGAGAGUAGCAGACGUUAUCCGCAGGUCAACAGCUACAGUUGUUGUGGCAUUUGUAGCAUCUGGAGAAAUGAGGAUUCUGCUGGAAGAGUUGUCAAAUGAACCUCCACCACCUCGCCAGUGGAUCGGCAGUGAAUCCUGGGUAACAAACCCAGGUUUGCUGAGAUUCAGCUUCUGUGCUGGAGCCAUUGGAUUUGGCAUUCAGCGAUCUGUCAUUCCAGGUCUGAGAGAAUUCCUCCUGGAUCUCUCUCCUGCUAAAGUGGCUGCCUCUCCAGUGCUGACUGAGUUCUGGGAGGAGGCUUUCAACUGCAAGUUGGGCAAAACUGCAGCCGUGGAUGAGAGAGUGUGUGAUGGAUCUGAAGACAUACAGACACUCCAGAGCCAGUACACUGACACAUCUCAGCUCCGAAUCACUAACAUGGUGUACAAGGCUGUUUAUGCAAUAGCACAUGCCAUUCAUAAUUCAGUGUGUCAGGAAACAAAUUCUACAACUCAGUGUGACAAAAUCACCAGGAUAGAGCCUAAGCAGAUUGUUAUUCAACUGAAGAAAGUAAAUUUUUCCCAAAAUGGUUAUGAUGUGUCAUUUGAUGCCAAUGGGGAUCCUGUGGCCACAUAUGAACUGGUUAACUGGCAAAAGAGUGAAAGUGGCAGCCUUGAGUUGGUGACAGUAGGUUUCUAUGAUGCAUCACUGCCAGCAGGCCAGGAGUUCAGUAUCAACAGGAACCUCACCUGGAUGGAGGGCAGCACACAGGUCCCUGUGUCAGUGUGCAGUGACAGCUGUCCUCCAGGAACUCGUAAAGUGCUGCAGAAAGGAAACCCCAUCUGCUGUUAUGAUUGUAUACUGUGUCCUGAGGGAGAGAUUAGCAAUGCUACAGAUUCCCCUGAUUGUUUCCCUUGCCCCAAGGAGUUCUGGCCUAAUGCAGAGAGAGACUCUUGUCUCCCCAAGCCUGUAGAGUUUCUGUCCUUUGACGAGGUCCUAGGAAUCAUCCUGGCUGCAUUCUCAGUUGCUGGUGCCUGUCUUGCCAUUAUAACAGCGGCUGUGUUCUUUCAUCACAGGACAUCCCCGAUUGUCAGGGCCAACAACUCUGAGCUGAGCUUCCUGCUGCUCUUCUCCCUGACUCUCUGUUUCUUAUGUUCAUUAACUUUCAUUGGAGCACCCACUAAAUGGUCCUGCAUGCUGCGCCACACAGCAUUUGGGAUCACCUUCGUCCUCAGCAUCUCUUGUGUUCUUGGGAAAACAAUAGUUGUGUUGAUGGCCUUCAAAGCUACACUCCCAGGUAGUAACGUCAUGAAAUGGUUUGGUCCUCCACAGCAAAGAAUGACUGUGGUGUCUUUUACAUUUGUUCAAGUUUUAAUAUGUACCAUUUGGUUGGUUCUUAGUCCCCCUUUUCCGAUUAAAAACCUGACCACAUACAAAGAGAGGAUCAUCCUGGAGUGUGCACUGGGCUCAGAUAUUGGGUUCUGGGUUGUGCUCGGGUACAUCGGCCUUCUGGCUGUCUUUUGCUUAGUGUUAGCCGUCUUAGCCCGCAAACUACCUGAUAAUUUUAAUGAAACCAAGCUUAUCACCUUCAGCAUGUUGAUAUUCUGUGCAGUGUGGAUCACCUUUAUCCCAGCGUAUGUCAGCUCUCCUGGGAAAUUUACUGUGGCUGUGGAGAUAUUUGCCAUUCUGGCCUCCAGUUUUGGACUAAUUUUGUGUAUAUUUGCUCCAAAAUGUUUCAUCAUAUUGUUUAAACCAGAGAAGAACACAAAGAAACAUUUACUGAACAAAAAUCAAUCCUAAGGUAUCUCGGCAUGGUGGUGCGGUGGUCAGCCUCACAGCAAGAGGGUUCCAGGUCCGAAUCCUGGUCCAGGGGAUGCAAGAGCACCUUGUUUCUGAAAUCUUUUUUUGGCUUUUACCAAUUGUGAAUUCACUACUACUGGAAAAUAUCUUUCAAUAUAUGUGAAAAUUCAUAGGUUUGCCUACCCCUGACCCUGAGAGCUGUGUUGUUGGUAGAAUUCACAUAUUGAACCCAGGUAACCAGUCUGAUUAAGAAAAAUCCAAACUCUGACUGUGAUAUUAAACUUUAUCCCUCAAAUGGGACACAUGACAUGCUGAGAGUCUGGUGUGGGAAGAGAGCUGGCUGGCCUGCACCUGGUGGUUGGGCCUUCUCCAAUGGGCCCAAUAAUAAAGAAACAUUUCAGUUAAAAUGUCAACCAAGCUUUACACCACCAUUUUACUGAACACCAUCUGUCUUGGAACCACCUUUUUGUGCUACCACAAAAGUGCUGAACAUCUUUUGCUAUCCAACCAAAAAUGUAUAAAGUUCAAUUCAACAUUGUAUGCUACUAAGAUUGAUAAAUCACUGCUGUCCAUGUUGAUAUUUUGUGGCAG